AUGGCGAAAAUUUACAAAGAUACCAGGGUCGACCUCCGGCCAUUCUCGCCGGCCACGGUCGCCAACAUCCAGAUUUCGGCUCACGAGAGCGCGUUCCGUCGGCCUCGCUUUUCAAUCUCGUCUGCCCCCGACCAGCCCGAAAUCCCGAUCGCGAAAGAUGAAGACGAAUUUGCUAGACGAUAUCUUGCGACACAGGGUGCGGUCUACUUUCGCAAACACAGGACUUACCCGAGGACGUUCCUGUGGAGGGUCGUCAAUGACAACAAGGUGCUGGAGAUCCAAUGCGCCGACUUGACGAAAAGUGGCACAGAGCACCUCGAGCACAACGUGACCCUGCGGCUGCAUUUCCAAGAACAGAUUCUUCCGUCAGGCGUGGCGUUAGCAGAUGCAGAGGAUCAUGAGACCCUCAGCCUGUUUGUGAUUACGGCGUCUAAACAGCUGCACACCCUAUCGCUUCGCCCUGAAUUCUUCCGCAGGAUAGAGUCAAUUGACGACAAUGUGACCGAAUGGUGCAAGGCUUGCGUCCCUGCGCCUUUAUCCUUCUCGCACCCCCACCGACUUCACGCGAGCAGCCCACAAGAGCUGUUUAUCUCUCUGGACAAUGGCGCGCUCCUGCGACUGACUCGUAGAGCCGGUGACGAUGGUUCGCACUGGUCCCCUCUUACUUUCGACGAACGAACAUGGGGCGCUUCGAUUCGGGGCCUCGUCAAAUGGAAUGCACCCUCCUCGCUCAAGCAUGAUGGACGCAGUAUCGACCUGAAUGCCGCCAAUGCCAUCGCUACCACCUCCGACGAAACCUAUGUUUUCGCUAUCUGCUUGAACCACACCUUGAAGAUCUGGAAUCUUGCGACGAACAAGCUAGCGGCGACGAAGGAUCUUCUGGGCCGCCCAAUGGAUCCCGAUGCAGUGCCAUAUACCUUGAACCCUGCGGAAACUUCGUUCAUCCGGGUGUUCAAUGCAGAGAGGGCGAUGGACGGGGGUCACCGCUUCUAUGUUGUUACAUACUCUCCAUUCGAAGACGGACGCUUCAAAUUCUGGGCUGUUAAGGGAGGUCUAACUUCUGACCUUGUUAUUGAGGAUCUCUUUGCGGAUGCAGUUUUUCGACCCGUGGACCCAGACGUGACGGGCAAUAUGUUCUGGAGCAUUGCCGACUUCCAGGUCAAGCCAGCGGAGGAAGGGAAGGGAAUGGAGUUGUGGGUGCUCUGGAGAAACCACGGGCUUUAUCAGCUUUACUCCAUUCACUUUGAUCUUCAGACUCUCGUGACGGACUGGUCUACAAAUUGGGUUUCGACGACGUUUGAGACUCACCGACAGGAGCCAUUGCCUGCAUCAACACUCGAAGAUGUCGUCGAUCCGACUGAGAAGUGGCUUGCCUACCUUCUGCACCCGACUCGGUAUCUGCCCGAAGUCCUUGAGACUGCUUUGGCGGUUUACCAGGAGGCCCUUAAGCCACUGUCUUCCGCCUCGUCUGGAGUGCUGAAGAAGGAUGUCCCGUUGGCAGAAAGACUUUGCUCUACAAUUGCUGCGACCGUCUCUCUGCGAAAAUAUACCGAGGAUGAGAUGGACUACGCACGAUUUAGGAGGGACACAGAUGCCAAGUGGCGCCAGUUCUGGCAAGUCGCCGACGAUCUCAACAAGCGCAGAUUCGAACCAGUUUCCCUUGCCUACGACUCAUACUACGAAAUUCCUUGGUUGCUUCUCUCAGAUGCCUGCGCUGUGAUCCGAGAGUGCAAUACUUCCGAACUACUCCUACACAACUCCAGCGCUGAGCUCAGUGAAGAGGCUCCCAAGAUCGUGGACCGCUGGAGGCACCGGAACCUGAACGCCGAGCUGGGUAAUUUAUUUGAACAAGCCUCCUCAUUGGUGAAGGUUGCUGCCGAUUUCAGAAAGAAGUUCUCUGCGGAACUUGACGGGGCGUGUCGGGCUGCGCUUGAUGUUGAGAUCUUCAACGAGCCCUCUUCAUCCAUCAUCGAUCGCAUGGACAGUUUCCGAGAGCGCUGCGAGCUUGGGGAUCGGAUCUCCAACAAGACCUUUGAGAGUCUAGUUACGGCACUCAAUGAGUAUUUGGAUGCUGAGAACCUAUCUGGUGAUGCCUUCUAUGCCAUUAUCGACACAGUUCCUUCUGGGUUCAGUGGGAAGGACUCAGGGCUUCUCUCAACAUAUUUCGGUGCACGGAUUGCUGUCAGUGGGGCGCUAGAGACAAUUUUGCUCACUCGCCAGAUCCUCUAUGAUUUGUUGAUCCUAGUCACGUUUGUGGAUGGCGAGAUUGAACAGGGUGAACGCUCAAGCUUCGACGCGGCGGAUCUGUUCUCCACUCUCAUUGAUUCCCUCCGAGAGUACGAAAUGAUGUACUGGCUCAGCUCAAAUGUCCGGAAAUGCCCUGAUCGUGCCCCCAGCUCGGGUACAGAAGCGUCGACUCCGGUUCUUUCUUUGAAGGAGAACAAGUCUAAUAAGAACAAGCAUUGGCGGACGGCUACUAUUCUGGAAGAUCUUUUCGUCGCGGACAUCAAGCCACGUCAAGCUGUUGGCAUGCCGCAGAGUUAUACUUUGACUCUGGGGAUCCGGGAUGUCCUGGCUUGGGUGACCAGACCGGGUGAAGUGGCGUAUCCGAAUGCGUUGGCCUACAUUCAGUGCGACCUUAUUGCUAAGAACAAUAUCGAUCUCGCAUGGGACUUCCUUCGUUUCCAAGCAAGCACUUCCUGGGCAACCUAUGUCAAGGGUCGGCUGCAUGUGGCGAUGGCUGAAUUUGAUAUUGCAGCCAUUUACUUCCGCAAGGCAGCAUAUCUUCUGUCUUGUGGCAAACCCUUGGGUAACCUGCACGAAAUGUCGUCGACUCUUCUGGAUCUUGUUUCUGUGAACUGCUUUCACAAUGGCAUUCCGAAAUAUUACCAGCAUAUCCUCUCAGUUUUCGAGCAAGUGCGCUCAUUCUCCCACGUCGCGGAAUUUGCUAGCCUGUCGCUGCAGGCCCUCGAUUCGGAAGCGUGGGCUGAGCAGGACCCUGAUUACACGAGCAUGAGAACCGAUUUGCUCUCCCGGCUGUUCUACGCAUCUCUCAAGACCUGCCAAUUUGAUCAGGCCUACUCCGCCCUGGCCCGGUACCAAGACCUUGCCUUGCAGAGGUCCGCACUCAGCUCCCUCGUCACCAGUGUUCUUGCUGUGUCCGGGCCUGGCACCGCCGGCAUCAAGCAGAUCCUCCGUUUCCCGACUGCACUUGUUCCCAACAUUGCCUCUCAUAUCGAUGAAGUACUUGUCUCCCUAGCCCGCAAGCAGGGUUCGUUUGCCUCAUGGACCGAUAUCGACAAUGAUGAAGCCGAUGCUUUACCCGACUACCACCGCGUCUUGCAGGCAUACCGAAUUGCCCGUAAUGACUACCGCGGCGCCGCCGAGAUUGCCUACCGGAACGUCCAACGUCUGCGCAAGGCCAGAGAUGCCCCCUCAUCCGCUCUGGCCCGCAAAGCCAAGAGGGAAGCCGAGGAUGUCAGUAUACCAGAGGAUGACCUGGAGAGUAAGGAGAUACGCCACGAGCUAUUGUCGCUCAUCAACCUGCUCGCCUCUGUCGACAAGGACGAGGCCUAUAUUCUUGUCGAGACUGGCCCAUUCGCAUCAUCCGGCGUGGGCGCGUCAACUCCGCAGCAACGGGGUCGACAAGCUGAUGAUGACGGAAACGUCUCCAUGGAAGAUGCGGAGGUAAACUCCCCCACUCCCUUCGGAGCCCGACGCAGAUCCUCCAGCGCAGUCUCAUUCGCCGGUCGCAGAGGCAGCCGCUCCUCGAUCAGUGGUGGACGUGGCAGCGUAUCUUUCAAGACACCCGUUGAACCGCCCCAAGAGAGAGUCAUCGUUACCCUCGACCACUUGCGACGGGAGUACCAGUCUGAACUCGACCGCGUCAGCCGUAUCGAGCGCGGCGAUUGGGAGUUUGGUCUUCUGGGUGAUGAAAAUGAGGACGUCGAUAAUGAUGAAACGAUGGUUCUGUCAUAG